AUAAAAAAUUAAUUGCUUUUCUUUUCUCCCAAUUCCCACAUGGAACUUGGAAGCUUCAAAAACCUUCAAACCUCUAUAAUGGCUUCCUUCACUGCCAAGCCCUAGCCUCAACUUCCUCACUCUUAUUCUUCUUUUUCCUUAGCUCUCGGAGAUAUUGGUAUUCGCUUUUGCUCUCACUCAAUGGACAGGCAAAUCGAUGGCCAUGCCGUUCCUUCCACAUCUACCAAUGGCAGGCUUGCUUCAGCAUCGACUUCUUCGUCCUCGCGACCUGAUUACAGUAGCCGAGCAGUACAGGAAGCGUUGAGACAUUUGGCAUUUAUUGAUCUGAUUGAGUUAUGCAAUGAAGCAAAAGUUGAGCAUUGUCGAGCCACAAGAGACUUGAGAAGCUGUGGACGUGAUGUUCAGUUUGUGUUGAAUUCAUGUGGACAUGCCUCUCUGUGUGAGGAAUGUUGCCAACGGUGUGACGUUUGUCCAAUAUGUAGAGUCCCAGUUCCAAAAAGUGGUGCUAGAACACGUCUCCGUCUCUUCUAUGAGUGUGUUGAAGCAGGUCUCAUACCGAAGAAUUCCAAGGAGAGGCCUCUCGAGGAAGAUGGGGAGAAUAGAAUAACCACAGACGUACAACGCUUGUAUUCCUUAUUUGAUAUUGCACUGGAAAACAACUUGGUUUCUCUAAUCUGUCACUAUGUUACGGAUGUUUGUAUGGAUGAGAGUGCUGUAUCAAGUGAUCCUGUACUUGCAUUUUUGUUGGAUGAAGUGGUUGUGAAGGAUUGGUGUAAGCGGGCCUCCAGGAACAUUAUUACUGAACUUCAAGAAAUAUAUAACUCUGGUGUAGAGGGAAUGAAGUCCAGGAUGAGCCUACUACUUAAGUUCUCGGUGCUGCUUGCUGGCAUAUCCAAUGUGCUUGAAGUGUUGGACUCAUCAUUUAGAAGUUCUCAUUCAGCACAGCUUGAGGACCUGCAUAAUCUUCACGAGGGCAUAUUGAAGAUCAAGCAGCAUAUGGAAAUUAUGAUGUGGGGCAUAAGGCAUCAGUUUUUGGAGAAUGUUAGGUCCCGCCAUUCUAGCUUUACAUCAUGGCUUACUGCUGUCCGUGAAAGGAAAUCUGCUGCAAUUAGGCGAUCAUGGCCUGAUGCUUUAGAUGACUCUGCUGAUUCCAGUGGACUGGAUGGAUCUCUGUUCAUUGAGGAUGCUCUGGGGAAUCUUGAUAUUGAGCAACAGUACUUCCCAGAUGUUGAGGAUGGUAAAGAAAUUGUAUCUCUAGAAAAUGCUGCGGCACCUAAAAUCUUCAGAUCUAAAAUUGGAGGGAGUUCAGGUUGCUACCCAUUUGAAAAUCUUCGGGUUGCUGUUGAUGUUCUCUUUCUUCGUGGAAGUUCUGAUGUAGUGGUUGCAAAGAAAGCAAUUCUUUUGUAUUACUUGUUUGACCGCCACUGGACGUUGCCUGAUGAGAAAUGGAGACAUAUUGUUGAGGACUUUGCAGCCACCUUUAGCAUUACACGGCAUUCUAUAUUAGAAUCUUUUGUCUUUUAUCUUCUAGAUGAUCAUACAGAUGAAGCCCUGCAGGAAGCCUGCCGUCUUCUUCCGCAGAUCUCUGGCCCAACAACCCAUCCCAAGAUUGCACAAGUUUUGUUAGAACGGAAAAAUCCCGAUACAGCUCUUAUGGUUUUGAGGUGGUCAGGACGUGACAGUGUGUCAGUCCCAGUUUCACUCGUGGAAGCUGUAACUGGUGUUCGGGUGAGAGUGGAAUGUGCACUCCUGACCGAAGCAUAUAUGUACCAGAAAAUGCUCUGCAAUAGGGUAAGAGAUAGGAGAAACUAUAAAGAACAUGAAGAUGCAUUUGAUAAUGCCGAAGGCAAAUUUAGAAGCUGGGAGGACUGGAUGAAAAUAUUGGUGACUGAAAUUUGUUUUCUUUGUAUCCGUCGGAACUUUGUGGAUAGAAUGAUUGAGUUACCAUGGAAUUCCGAUGAGGAAAAGCAUCUCCACAAGUGCUUGCUGGAGUGGUCCACUGCUCAUCCGUCAACCACUAUUGGAAGUCUCCUAUUUGUGUACUAUCUUCAGAGGUAUCAGUAUCAUGAGGCCUUCCAAGUGAAUCUCAUACUUCAGAAAGCAGAACAAGGCUAUAUCUCUGAAAAUUCUGUUGGUGAAGAUGUUUUAUCCAGGAUGAAAUCGACUAGUCAUUGGCGAGCAGGAUUGGUUGAUAAAUUCAUGGAGUUGCUACCAGAAGCCCAACAGUUGGAAAUAAAAUCUGGGAAGCUGCCGAAGUUUGGUGCUAAUUCAGAAGUAGAAGUGCCACAAAAUGCCGAUCCAUCUGUGGUUCAGGAUCAGCACUUAAGCAGUGUAUUAAUCCCCUCGGCUAAUACAUCUACCGUAUCACAUAGAAACGACAGUAAAUAUAUCUUCAAGCCCCCAGUUUUUGAAACUCCAGGAAGGCUGGGUGGGACAGUGAAUCAUUCCAAAAUUGCAACCUUUGGCUCGGCAUUGAUUCACGAAAGGCGGUUUGGCAGCAAGGAAAGAAUACCAAAGCAAACUAACCUACACGAGAGUGUCAAUUUUCAGGAUGUGUUUAGUUCUGGAUUCCAUCAAGCUAGUGCUAUGAAUAUUUCCCCCUCAGAAGAAGCCACAAGAAGUUCAUCUAGAGUCCUGAAUAGUCCGCUAUUCGGGAACGAUCCCGAGAAACUCUCACUGGUUAAGGAGCAAAAUGGAAUUACCAACCAAGUUCGGAAUACCUCUCCGUAUUCCCGUAGAAUUACUGCUAACCCUAUAUAUCAUACUCCCAGCAGCAAUUUCGGUUUAUUAGAUGCUCCUUCAAGGGGAGUGCAGGAAAAUGGAUCUACUACUAAAAUAACGGUAUCUAUUAGAGACAAUGGAACUUGGAACGUUUCUUCUUUAGAUGAUCCAAUGGACAUUUCGAGCCAUGGAGAAGUACAAGAUUCUGCAGUUGACACUCGAUAUUCUAAUGGUGCACCAAGAUGGAGGUCUGAUGAAGCAAGCGAUGAGGAAGAGACAAGUCUUGAUAGAGCUUCGAGUAUAGUACGCCACAGAGUUACUCGAAGCAGUACUAGAAGAACAAGGUCAACCAAGAGGUAAUGACCAUAUUUGUCCACUUAACAGCUCGAGAUGAUGCAUUAUAUGCAAAGCGGAUAGCUCGUCAUUGGUCCAAAAGACCACGAGAGUUGCAAUCCUUACCGGCUCCAAGUAGUCAUUGGUUAGGAGAGGAGGAUGCAGUGCUUAAAAUUGCUGCUUCCAUGAGAGAUGGAAUAAUCAAUCAACUGAAAAGCUUCAAAUUGUGAAGAAAAGGAAUUCAUUGGAGGGUCUUUCUAUUUUCCAUAUGUAUUUCAAAUGUCAAUAUAUUUUUAUAGAUUUGAUAGUUUGAUGAAAUGAUUGUGUUAGGAGGAAAAUGGAAAACAGGGCUUUUAGGUUUUGAUUAUAGUUUUGAUCGCGCUGGUCAACAGAAGCGGUGAGAUUUGGUUGAAAAUAUUUCUUGUAAUAGGAAUUUUUUUAUUUUUAUUUUUCAUUGCGAAUAUUGAUAAUUCUAAUUUACAUGAGGUAAAUAUUAAGACUUCCUCAGUAACUGAGUUUUUUUUU